AUGAAUACCAACCCCAAGGAUGCUCCUGUUCCAAGUCACCAUGGAUGCCUCCUGCCUGCUGUGGCCCGGAUGUCCUCUGUCACCCAGGUCACACCGGCCAAGAAGAUCACCUUCUUGAAGAGGGGGGACCCCCGGUUUUCGGGGGUCCGCCUGGCUGUCCACCAGCGCACCUUUAAGAGCUUUGGUGCCCUGAUGGAUGAGCUCUCCCAGCGUGUGCCUCUGCCAUUCGGGGUGCGCUGUGUCACCACACCCCGGGGCCUGCAUGGUGUCAGUGCCCUGGAGCAGCUUGAGGAUGGGGGCUGCUACCUCUGCUCUGAUAAAAUGCCCCCCCGGACUGCCUCAGUGUCAGGCUCCUGUGAGGUGCCAGGAACCUCCUCUUCCUACAAGGCUGCUAAAGGCCCAAGGAGGCUACUGCUGGUUAAGAAUGAGGACCCCCGAUUCCAGCACACAGUGGCCCUCAGUCACAGGAACACUAGGACCCUAACAGCCUUUCUCAGCAAAGCCUCAGCUCUGCUCCAUUUUCCUGUGAAGCAGGUGUACACAACCAGCGGGGAAAAGGUGGACUCUCUGAAGAGUCUGCUGCAUGGCCCCUCAGUGUUUGUGUGUGCUGGUCAUGAGCCCUUCAGACCUCUGGCCAUGGAAGGUGGCAGAAGAACUGAAACUUCAUCUGAACAAACUUUGAAGAACAAAAAUGGGAGCUGGGGACCCAAGGCCAAGCGCAGCGUGAUCCAUGCCAGGACCGGGUCGGGAAGCAGGCCACGGUGGCCUUUCUUGCUUUCGGAGAAUACUGGUCUCAGCAACCCCCCAGAGACUCAGCCUCAGGCCUGGCUGGACAAACAUCCUCAGGACAUGUCUGUCCCACUGGACCCCAUGGUAGCUGGGGACAAUGUGGAGAAGAAGGUCCACAUGAACGAGGAUGGCAGCCUAUCAGUAGAAAUGAAAGUUCGCUUCCACUUCCUGGGCGAGGAUACACUCCUGUGGUCCAGGCUGACUGGGAGGGGUGCCAGGAGCCAAACCUCUGGGGAGCUAGGGCCACCCUCUUCUGCCUCUAUUCAUUUCCAGGACCUCCAAGGGGUCAAUAGUGGCUCCCUGAGCAAUUCUAACUAUUCAUCUCAUCUCUACCCUUCAAACUCUUCCUCUACUGAAACCUCUGAUACAGGGGUCACCACAGGGAGAAUUGUCAAAGCUAGUGGAGGGUGCAGCCCCUGUCAAGGCCCCAAACAAGAGGACAUGAGUGACAUGUCCUUGGGCACCCUGCCCUGUGCCUCACCAGGGGCCAUGGUGCGUGAGUGGUUGAGCCACAUUCCAGAAGAGCCAUUGCUUGUGAAAGCUGAGAUGGUCGACCAGACCUUGGGCAUGAUCGGUGUAGACUCAGGAAGUGUCCAGGAGGACCAUGCCAUCAAAUGUUCCCCAGUAGGCCUGGGGAAGACAACUCAGGUCAGACAGCCAUCCCUGGAAGGGGUUAUCAGUGAGGACCAGGAACCAGGGGCAGUCCUCCCUAUGGCUGGAAAUGCUGGUCUAUACUCAGAAGGGGGCCCUCCACCCAGUGGAGUUGCAAACACACCCCAGGAGGCUGGGGUGGGUAAAGAAGCAGCUGUAGGUGUGGAGGGGCUGCCUCCCAGGGUCUCUGCCCAUGCACACAUCAUUAAAGUGCUGCUUGACUCCAAGCGGGGCCGACCUAGCAGCUUGCCUGAAGUGUCAGGUAAGCAGGCCAGCAAGCUCAGCCACUCAGCCCAGGCCCUGGUUACUUGUCUGGCCAACCUCCACUUCUUUGACCAGGAUCCAGUUUGUCCUGCUAACCAAGUGAGGUUCACAGACUCAGCUCAGUACCAGGAGCUUCUGGGCAUAUUCCAGACCCUGUGGAUGGGGGGUACGUUUGGUCUGGGUCAGCCAGAGUGGUGCGAGGUUCCACAGGGCCUCAGGUCCCACAUGGAGACAGAGGAUCUCACACCCACAUCCUCCUCUGGUGUGGAUGUUGGUAAUGGCUCCGGAGGAUCAGGGGAGAGCAGUGGCCCUCUGGUCCCUGAGAGGAUAGAGUUGCCUUUGAAAACCCCCAACCUUGAACCCAACUCCAGAACCUCAGAGAAUACCAAGGAUCCAGACAAUCAACAACUUUAUGCACCUGAGGAUUCCCCUAGCUCCCAAAUGAAGACUCCUAUCUCUCAUGAGUUCAGAGCAGAGGGGGGCCAUGUGGUGGGUGGUGACCUGGACCAAAAAGCUGAUACCAUGCCAGAUGUGGAGGUGCAGCUAGAGAAAGCAAAGGAUGGAAUGGAAGAAAAAGAUUCACAAGGAGAGAAUGUCAAAGGGGAAGAGUCUUCAGAAGAGGGAAGGGACUCAGGGCAGGAAUUGUCAAGGACUGACUCCCAGGACAGAGAGGACACACAGGGCAGAGUGCAGGAAGAGGAAGCAGGAAGAGGCCUUGCCUCCAAGGUGACCCCAGAUCCUGAGGUGCCUCUGCUCCUGCCCGCAGAGAGGAGAGAGAACUGCCCAGAGUACCCUAGGAGCCUCAGUGAGAGACACUCCAACACCAGCAGGAGUCAUAGUGACCCUCGCAUAGAAACUGAUGUGGACAAGUUGUCAGGAGAAUGGGAGCUGGGCUGUAAGUUCCCCCAGGCCCAACUCAGUCCUGGGACCAGCGAGAAGGGCCCUUGGAGGCCUCGCAGGCCAUCCCUAGACCCAGACAUCCUCUGGGUGUCCAGGAUGCUGAGGAAGAUGGAGAAGGUCUUCAUGGCCCACCUGGCCGAGUCCAUGGCUAAGAUGCGGGCCCGCUGGGACCUGCAGGCCUGUGAGCUACUGGACCAGAUGGUGAGUGAGCUGCAGCAGGACCUGGGCUGGCGACUCCAAGCUAGCACUGACCAAGAGCUUCGGAAGAUUCAGAGUCAGGUGGGGGCCAGGCUGAAGGCCAGAGAAGCCCUCCGGUGGGAGAUGUCCCUACAGACAGAGCAGCAUCGCCAUUGCCUUCAGGGCCUACACAACCUCUGGGGGGCUCCAGCCCUCAGCCUGGAUGAUGGAGCUCUGGGGGUACGGUUGGGGAGAGAGAUUGCGGGGGAAGAGUUCUGCCCCUGUGAGGCCUGUCUGAGGAAGAAAGAGAUCCCUGUGACCCGGGUCCCCAUAGACACCAUGGGGACAGCCAGUGCACCCAUCACAAAGGCUUUUGACCUGCAGCACAUUCUGCAGAAGAAAGGACAGCCUGCAGAAGAAGGUGCAGCAGAGGGGGCCCCUGAGUGGAGAAGAGACAGAGAAGAAGCACUCCAGAGGGCAGAGGAGGAUUUCAUUGAUCAGAAGAGAGACAAGACUGAGGAUCUCCCUAUUGACAGUGGCCCCAAGGAGCCUGAGGGGGAGGAAAAGGGCCUGGAUGAGAAGCAAGAAGAAGAAGAGAAGAGCUGUGUUGUCCAGGUUAGUUCAGAGGCUGAAGCUCCAGAAGGAGGUAAUCCAAGUGCAGGGGAACAGAGUGACAAUGCCCAAACUGCCAAGAUCCUGGAAGCAGAAGCAGAGAGUAAAGAAGGGUCUCACAAGCUGGAGCCAAGCCUGAGCCACUCCUCAGAGGAGCAGAUGCCUUCCUCUACAGCUCCUCCCAGAGAUACCAGCUGCCUCCCCUUCACAGCCUCCCACCACAUGGCAGACUCCAGCAGGACCCUCGGGACCUUCAGCUCCUUCCUCGCAUCCUACAUGUUGCGGCUGCUGUACAGGAAAGCAGAACUGCUGUUGGGGCUGCUGCAGAGGCUGAGAGGGGUCAACUACGCCAUCUAG